AUGAAUGAAGUACGCAACGGUGAGAGUUUGAAUCCCAUUUCAGUUCACAAUUUUUCUGAGAGGAUCCUGGAGCAGACGGUCCACUUUCACAUUAUGAAGCUCAGCGGCGGCUUUUUCCUGUGGAUUGGUUCGAGCCCACUUUUGUCCAACUUGGCGGUUUCAAUGAGCAGCAAAUACGACUCCAUGCCAUUAUCGACAUUAGUGAUGGGGGACCCUUCCAACACUGCUCCAAAUUCUUUGGCACAGAGAUUAGCAAAGAAGACCAAAAAGCAAGUGUUCGUGAGUUACAGUCUUGCAGCCACAGACUCCAGCCUCUCUCUGCUUGUUGAAAAUAGAAUAAAAAAGGAGCUUGAUCUUCAUCCGGAUAAAUUUUGAUCCAUUAGUAAGAUCUUCCACACAGUCGCAUUCAGUGAUUUUUUUUUUAUUGACAUAAUAAAUUAGGUGAUUUUUUUUAUUAUCAAAACAUGUAGGCCUAUGGCUUUUGUACAAAUGUAUCAUUAAACAAAAUAACACUUACAAAACAGUAUUAGUGGCUGAGUAUUUUUUUUUGUUUCCAUUGAAAAGUUACAAACUAGCAAAUUGUACAGGUUGGUUAAAAUGUGAGUAAAUGCUGAAGAAAGAUGGUGGACCCUAAGACAAAAUGUUUGCUGUUACUAUGUAAUGUGCUUAUAUACUAUAUCUAACUAUAAGGUGGAUGUUUCACACAUUAUCAUUAAAAGGUACAUUGACACACCUGUAUGCAGUCCAAAGGGAUAUUUUGUAUAAAUAAACACUUAACAGUGAGCCCAAACCUAGGCAUACUGGUCUAGUCUAAUCAGAAAGAUUGUGCUUCCUGUCUAGGUUUAGCAAAGGAGCUGGGUUACAUCAUUACCACAGUACAAAGAACACAGUGAGAUUUGGAGUGGGAUAUUUGCAAGAAAAGGAUGCAAUUCAGAUGACAAAAUGGUCCUUGCUAGCGUGAAGGAAAAAAUACUGGUUUUCCAAAAUGACUAAUAACAAAAUUCAAAAAUGUUGAGAUGCUUCAUAAGACAUCGAAAAUAUACUU